AAUAUUUUUUCCAUCUAUUCCUCCAUUUCUUCAACUCUUAAUCUACUCCAAAUGGUGAGAACCAGCGCAAUUUUAAGUGCAAUUUUACUAUUAUCAGUGGAGCUACUUCAUUUGAAAAUGGCUCUUGCAGCCACCUUCACGGUCGGAGAUGCUGCUGGCUGGACCUUCAACAUGGAGGCUUGGCCUAGGGGGAAAAGAUUCAAUGCUGGUGAUAAACUUGUGUUCAAUUAUCAUCCGAAUAUGCACAAUGUAAUGGCUGUGGAUGAAAAUGGCUAUGCUUCUUGUACCAUUUCGCCGCCAAACGCCCCAAAAUAUACAUCGGGGCAUGAUGAGAUAGAGCUUAAAGCGGGAUCAAACUACUUCAUUUGCGGCAUCCCAGGGCACUGUCAACAUGGAAUGAAGAUUGCUGUGGUUGCAAGACAGAUAGAGUGAUAAUGAUACUGAGAUACAUAAGCUUGUUUCAGGAGAAUAAAGUUUCGGUUUACUACAAAAGACUAAAAAAUUAAUCAUAUAUGCUUACUUUUGUAAACAGUCCAAAUCAUUGACAAAUAAAAUGAGGUUAAUUAUUUCA